AAAGGUUGGCGUUUCAGGUCAGGAGACAUUUGGUCAUUUAACGCACGGAGCUGUCCGCCAGAAACGAGAGAGAGUCUCACUCUCGAUCCAUCUCCAUGUGGCCACUAGGAACCAGGAAACGCUGCGAAGCCAACCACCACCAGAAACUAGAGGAAGAGCCUGACCCAGCUGGAUCUUUCCUCCAAUGCUUCGAGCUAGUCCUCCCAUGGCUAACUCCACAAGAACUAUCCAAUGUUUCUCUGACCUCCAAAUCCCUAUAUCACAUCUCCAAAUCCAUCACUCUCCGCCGAUCCUCCGACGCUUCCAGAUCCUUCGAGCACCUCCCCAUCCCAUUCCGCAGCACCGUUGAUAAUCACCCUUAUGCCUACUUCAUCUACACCCCUUCACAGAUUCUCCCUUCAUUUUCAUUGCAAUUCCAGCGCCAAGCUUGGGGCUUGGGGUUUCCUGCGAGACCCAACAACUCGAUCUGUAGACUUCCUGUGGAACGGCUGGUCUUGGUAGACGAUUCGGGUAGAAGUGUAUCCGGGUGUGAUUGCAACAGAUGUGAAGACCAAGCUGGGUGUCCGUGUAUUGGUUUCGAUGGGUUGGAUGUGGCGAGCGAGUGCGGAUCGAGUUGCGAGUGCGGGUUGGAGUGUGGGAAUCGGUCGACUCAGAGAGGGGUUUCGUUGCGCUUGAAGAUCGUGAGGGAUAGGAGAAAAGGCUGGGGUUUGUGUGCUGACCAGUUCAUCGAGGAAGGCCAGUUUGUAUGCGAGUAUGCGGGUGAAGUUUUGACUACCAAAGAGGCAACUAAUCGACAACAAAAGUAUGAUGGACUCGCAUCAUCAUCAAGUGGCCAUUUUACUUCUGCUCUCUUGGUUUUGAGGGAGCAUCUUCCAUCUGGAAAGGCAUGUCUGAGAAUUAACAUCGAUGCCACGAGAGUAGGAAAUGUUGCGCGAUUCAUCAACCAUUCAUGUGAUGGUGGUAAUUUAUCCACAAAACUGGUGAGAAGCUCGGGAGCUUUGCUGCCCCGCCUUUGCUUCUUUUCUUCAAGAGAGAUACAAGAAAAUGAAGAGCUUACUUUUAGCUAUGGUGAAAUCAGGCUAAGGUCUAAUGGUUUGCAGUGUUUUUGUGGUAGCUCUUGUUGCUUUGGAACAUUGCCUUCCGAACAAACUUAAAUCUUAGUUUCUUUUUACUCUAUGAGUUUGUUUCUUUUUAUGCUGAAAGGUCUCCCAGUGACCCAAUGACCUGGUUGGAAUUUUGCCUAUUUAGCUCUUUUUUUCCCCUGUUUUGUAUUUUGUUCAGACCCUCAGGAUUGAUUAAAAGGAAGGAGAAAAUUUUGCUUUUA